UAGUUUUUUUUUGUAACGUGGUAAUUUAUGCGAUAUUUUUAUGUAAUAAUGUUAAGGAGAAACUAAAAUUAUCUUCCAAAAAAAAAUAAGGUUUCUCUUUUUUUCAAAAAAAAAAAAAAAAAACAACUUUUUUGAUGCAAAUAUGAUGCAAAUGUUAAUAAUGCAAUAGUCGUAAUAAUGACAAACAAUUUUUGGAAAUUUACUAUAGAAUUCUAUUUAAAUCAAAAAAUGUAACAAACAUAACAUGCAAUUUAUCUAUUAAUUUAAUGACGAUAAUAAAAAGGAGGAUAAAAUAUAUGAUACGUCUCUAUUACUUAAAGGGAACUAAGCGAAAAAAAUAAAGAGAGU